ACUGAUCAUAUGACAGCCGCCUGCGUCCCUUUUCCCUUCUUCCCCGCUGGAAACGCCACAACUGCCGGGGAGGGAGAAACAGACACAACCACAAGGGAGUUUAAACACCGACCUCAAGAUGCUGGCACUGAUAAACCGGCUGCUGGACUGGUUCAGGUCUCUGUUUUGGAAGGAGGAGAUGGAGCUGACGCUGGUCGGCCUCCAGUACUCGGGAAAAACAACAUUUGUAAACGUGAUCGCUUCUGGGCAUUUCAGUGAAGACAUGAUCCCUACAGUCGGGUUCAAUAUGAGGAAAGUCACCAAAGGAAACGUCACCAUCAAGAUCUGGGACAUUGGAGGGCAGCCAAGGUUCAGGAGCAUGUGGGAGCGCUACUGUCGGGGAGUCAAUGCAAUUGUGUACAUGGUUGAUGCAGCAGAUCGAGAAAAGGUGGAGGCAUCUAGAAACGAGCUUCACAAUUUAUUAGACAAACCUCAGUUGCAAGGAAUUCCUGUUUUGGUUCUCGGUAACAAAAGGGAUCUCCCCACUGCUCUAGAUGAAAAGCAGCUCAUUGAGAAAAUGAAUCUUGCGGCUAUUCAGGACAGAGAGAUAUGCUGCUACUCGAUUUCCUGCAAAGAGAAAGACAACAUUGAUAUCACACUUCAGUGGCUCAUCCAGCACUCGAAAUCCAGGAGGAGCUGAAAAUGCAGGAGUGGUUCUCCAGCUGUGUUCGCCAUGUUAAUGUCAUGCCACACCCCCAUCACCCUGCGAUGAUGUACAGUCUCCAACUCACAUGCUGCACUGUCCUGCUCAUGUCACACAGUUUUGUUUUCCCCUUUUCACAUUGUGAUUUUGUCACAAACCCUGAGAAUGCACUACUAAAAAAUGUAAUUCCAAAUUUAAGGAAUGCAAUUGGCAUUAUACGUCCUGUAAAGCUGUACUUUCCUUUAACUUCGAGUAAGAAACUGCUUCCGGAUUUACCUUGCAUCAUUCAGGCAUUACCCAGUUAAUCCUACCCAGUGGUUUAUAACACUAAUCUUGGGUAUACAGCAACAACAACACAGUUCUUAAGGAGGGUCUUGCAUAAAGCAAAGAUGUUCUUCACACAGUCAGUUGUGAUGCCAGGAGAUGCCUGACGUGGACGUGCAGGUUUUCCCAUUUGUGUUGAGCUCUACUCUGAUUGUCACCUUUUGCUUGAUCAGGUCUUCUGUUUUCAAGGAAACGUCAGUUAUUUUAGGAAAAUUGUGCAAUUAAGCAAGUCAAUUUAAGCAGGUCUGUACAAAAAAUAUCAAGCUGGUAUGAUUUUUACUGAUGUGAGAUGUGCGUGUAUGAAUAUAUGAUUCUAUUUAAAGUCUGAAUGUACUAAAAAGUAAAGGUGUACGGGAUCGCGUGGUUCAUACGGGCCUCUGCUUGUAAGCAGCCUCGGUGGAAUGAUGUCCUUUGCGCUGCCUCGAGGCUGAGACAGCGGCAGAACUCAAAGUGCCUUGUGCAAUGUCUCUCACCUCUGAAGCAAAGUAGUGUGCAAGGUGUGCCUACCUGGGUAGAGUUAAAAAAAGAAAACACCACUUCAAUAUGUUCAAGAAAUAAAAAGGCAUGCUUUUUAAUUUA